GUACCCGGGUGGGCGGGAGAGAGAAACUAGGUGAGGCGGAAGUUCCCGGCCCAGCGUGCACUAGUUCCCGCAGGACGUGUCCCCUAUUAUAUGCACGGCGGCAGGCAGGGAGGAGCCCGGCGCACACACAGCAGGAGCUGCCCCAUCACCGUCAUCAUCCACUAGUUUCCCCUAUACUGCUCCCGAGCGGCAGCAUCGCACCCCGGGCGCAGCCAUGAGCCUGAACACGGCGAACAUUAACUUCAAGUGGGACCCGAAAUGCCUGGAGAUCCGCACGCUGGCUGUGGAGCGGCUGCUGGAGCCCCUGGUCACGCAGGUCACCACCCUGGUAAACAGCAGCAACAAGGGCCCGUCCGGCAAGAAGAAGGGCCGCUCCAAGAAGGCCAAGGUGCUGGCCGCCUCCGUGGAACAGGCCACCCAGAACUUCCUGGACAAGGGCGAUAAGAUCGCUAAGGAGAGCCCGUUCCUGCGGGAGGAGCUGACGGCGGCCGUGGAGGAUGUCCGCACGCAGGGCGAGGUGAUGCGCUCGGCCUCUGGGGACUUCGCCGAUGACCCGUGCUCCUCGGUCAAGCGGGGGAACGUGGUCCGGGCCGCCCGCACCCUGCUCUCCGCAGUCACCCGGCUGCUCAUCCUGGCGGACAUGGCCGACGUGUACCGGCUGCUGGUGCAGCUGAAGGUGGUGGAGGACGGCAUAGGCAGGAUGCGGAAUGCGGGCACCGAGCAGGACCUGGGCAUACAGUACAAAGCCCUGAAGGCCGAGGUGGACAAGCUGCAUGCCAUGACGGCCAAGCGGCAGCAGGAGCUGAAGGACGUCGGCCAGAGAGACCAGAUGGCCGCAGCCAGGGGCAUUCUCCUGAAGAACAUCCCCAUCCUGUACACCGCCUCCCAGGCCUGCCUGCAGCACCCCGACGUAGCUGCCUACAAAGCCAACAGGGACCUGAUCUACAAGCAGCUGCAGCAGGCGGUCACUGGCAUCUCCAAUGCAGCUCAGGCCACAUCUUCUGAGGAGGUGAACGCACAACAUGGAGGUGAGCUGGCUAUUGCCCUUAAUAACUUUGACAAACAGAUCAUUGUGGACCCCCAAGGUUUCACAGAAGAACGGUUCAGGCCAUCCUUAGAGGAACGGCUAGAGAGCAUUAUCAGCGGUGCUGCCCUGAUGGCCGAUUCCACCUGUACCCGUGAUGACCGCCGUGAGCGGAUAGUGGCCGAGUGUAAUUCGGUGAGACAGGCCUUGCAGGAUCUCCUCUCAGAGUAUAUGGGAAAUGCUGGCCGCAAAGAAAGGAGUGAUGCCCUCAAUGCUGCAAUAGAUAAAAUGACCAGGAAGACUAGAGACUUGCGCAGGCAGUUGCGUAAAGCUGUUAUGGACCAUGUUUCUGACUCGUUCCUUGAAACCAACGUGCCUCUGCUUGUUUUGAUUGAAGCUGCCAAGAAUGGAAAUGAAAAAGAAGUCAAAGAGUAUGCACAAGUUUUCCGUGAACAUGCAACUAAAUUAAUUGAGGUGGCCAACCUGGCAUGCUCCAUAUCCAACAAUGAGGAUGGUGUAAAAAUUGUCCGAAUGUCUGCAAACCAGCUUGAAGCCCUCUGCCCUCAGGUGAUAAAUGCAGCUUUAGCCUUAGCAGCCAAACCCCACAGUAAAGUGGCUUUGGACAACAUGGACAUUUACAAAGAACAGUGGGAGAAGCAAGUUUGUAUCCUAACGGAUGCUGUUGAUGAUAUUACUUCUAUCGAUGACUUUUUGGCUGUCUCGGAAAAUCACAUUUUGGAAGAUGUCAAUAAGUGUGUGAUAGCUCUCCAGGAAAGAGAUGUUGAUGGACUAGAUCGCACUGCGGGGGCCAUACGCGGCCGUGCCGCACGAGUGAUGCAUGUGGUCACUUUAGAAAUGGAUAACUACGAAGCUGGCAUCUACACCGAACGGGUGAUCGAAGCUACCAAACUCUUGGCAGAUACUGUUAUGCCACGCUUCGCAGAGCAAGUUGAAGCUGCGGCCAGUUCUCUCAGUGGAGAGUCCAAUCAACCAGUGGAUGAAAAUGAAUUCAUUGAUGCUUCUAGGCUUGUGUAUGAUGGCAUCCGUGACAUCCGUAAAGCCGUGUUAAUGAUAAGAACACCAGAAGAAUUGGAUGAUUCUGAUUUUGAGACCGAGGACUUUGAUGUGAGAAGCCGCACUAGUGUCCAGACUGAAGAUGACCAACUGAUUGCUGGGCAAAGUGCUAGAGCACUCAUGGCUCAGCUUCCCCAAGAACAAAAAGAAAAGAUUGCUGAACAGGUUGCAAGCUUCCAGGAAGAAAAGAGUAAGCUAGAUGCUGAAGUCUCCAAAUGGGAUGACAGUGGCAAUGACAUCAUUGUUCUGGCUAAGCAGAUGUGCAUGAUAAUGAUGGAGAUGACUGAUUUUACUAGGGGGAAAGGACCUCUGAAAAAUGCGUCAGAUGUCAUUGGCGCUGCUAAGAAAAUUGCAGAAGCUGGUUCUCGAAUGGACAAACUGGGACGUACUAUUGCUGACCACUGCCCUGACUCUGCAUGUAAACAAGACCUCUUGGCUUAUUUGCAACGCAUUGCCUUAUACUGCCACCAGUUAAAUAUUUGCAGCAAAGUUAAAGCUGAAGUUCAGAAUCUUGGUGGUGAAUUGGUUGUCUCUGGAGCUGAUAGCGCCAUGUCUCUGAUCCAAGCUGCCAAGAAUUUAAUGAAUGCCGUAGUGCAAACCGUUAAAGCCUCUUAUGUGGCCUCUACAAAGUAUCAGAAGUCCCAGGGCAUGGCAUCUUUAAACCUCCCUGCUGUCUCAUGGAAGAUGAAGGCACCAGAAAAAAAGCCCCUUGUCAAGAGAGAAAAGCAGGAUGAGACUCAAACUAAAAUCAAGCGGGCAUCUCAGAAGAAGCACGUGAACCCCGUACAAGCUCUUAGUGAAUUUAAAGCCAUGGAGAGUAUAUAAAAAUACUUUUAUAAAGAACACGGACAGUGUUCACUAUUUCCUGCUUUUACACUGCUUCCAGAUAUUGAUUCAGAACUAACACCCAGUGUUCCAUUUCUACUGCCAGCAUUAGUCAGAUGCCACCUUUGCUAUGCCAUGUAUGUCUGGGGUUUUUUUUUUGCCUUCUUCUAGCUGUUUAACAUUAUUAUUCUAUUAUAUCGUUAAAGAUCAGACUUGAUUGCAACCACCAAAGGUGAUAUUUCUCAAUCUAUGCAUUUAAUCUUACCUUGCAGGUGAACUCUAGCUAAAUCUUUAUUUGCCCCUAAUCCACCUCUGUGAACUAUUUAACUCUGGAGGUCCUGGGAGGAUUUUACCAAUUUUUGUGGUAAUAAAAUAUUUAGCUAGGGUUCCCCUUAAGACCAGCAUGCAUUGUAUUAACCAUGUACAUCUCCAGAUAUAUCUAUAUGUAACUAUAUAAUUUAAUUCUGAUUAUAAAGGUUGCUCUGGCAAUUUACAGUUCUUGAAAUAUAUAUCCUGCACAUAAUCUAUAUUCCAAGCUGAGCUUAACUCUUAAGAAUAUAAAAUGAGACCAUUUAGUAAGCCUGUAUCUUAUACAAACUGCAGGUUGUUAUUUUGGUAACUGAAAUAAUACACCUAUCAAUAUAUUCAAUAAGAUUCAUACUGUUGCAUAACACCAAACAGCUGCCUGUUGUGUGAAAGUGGGACAGGUGUACAAUAACGUGCUGGUAUAAUGCAUUGAAAUUGCUAUUUUCCCUCUUGUGCAGCAUUUUCAUAUUUUAUGAAUGCUUAUUGUGUUUUUUUUUUUUUUUUUUUUUUUUUUUUUU